AUGGGACGAGCCAUAGCGACAUUCCUGGUGGCUUCGAGAGUGUACGGCUGCGCCAAAUGUCACGCUCACCUCGCAACGGUCGAAACGAUGAUCUCCAGGCAAUUCACGGGACAGCACGGAAGAGCAUUCCUGUUCGAUCAAGUGUUCAACAUCGAUCUCGGACCUGCAGAGGACAGAACGAUGACAACAGGUCUCCAUACCGUUCGAGACAUCUACUGUGCUCGUUGCGGCACCACACUCGGUUGGAAAUACGACAAGGCCUUCGAGCAAGCACAGAAGUACAAGGAAGGGCGCUUCAUUCUCGAGAAGAUGCUCUUGUGCGACCAGCCCCCGCUGCCCAAAGACGAGAGUCUCGAAAUCCUCCCGGCCGAACGCGUUCCCCCGCGCUCGACGGCCAACGCCGUGCACCUCUAG